AACAAAUCUAAAAAUGUCAAGUUUCCUAAAAAACUUAUUUACGAAAGUUAAAUUGGAGUCUGAAGAAGAAUCUCAAGAAAAAUCCGAAGAAGAAUCUGAAGGAGGUGCUGAAUUGCCUUGCGAACCGGACGAAUCGGAACAAAAAGAGGCACCUAGAGAUGAAGAAGGGGAACUGGAGGAUCCUCAAGAUGUUUUACGCGAAGACUGUCGUCGAAAACCGGAGGCCAAAAAGUUAAUAAGGAAGUUGGACGAAUGCACCGAUAGAGUAAACAGAAAUAGCUGCACUACCGAGACUUGCACCAUGGAAUUGUUCGAUUUGCUUCAUUUUGUUGACGAGUGUGUCACUGAAUGUUUGUUCAAGCAUUUAAAGUAG